CCUCAAACUACAUGAUAUCAAGCUUAAUUAAAAUAUUUCAAAGAAAGACAACAAAUAUUAAACAAGAAUGAAAUGUUGCAAUUAUAUAAUUUUUCUCAAAAUAUGGUUACUUUUAUUCCAUGUUAUUGUAUGUUAUGGUAACUAUGGAAAACCUCCCUACGAUCAAGUGGAUAGUGAUUACAAAGAUGAAGUAGAACAAGAAAUAGUCAAAGCACCAUUAAGUUUCAUGCCAGUUUGCAAACCUCAACAGAUACAUACGUUUUCUCAAAAACAACUUCGAUGCGCAUGUGGAAUCAAAUGUCAAUAUUUAUGUCAAACAAAGACGACAAGGGAGAAAGAAGGUGAACAAAGAAAAACAUGCAGAAGAGUAUGCCAUCAAAGACCAUGUUACCGGCCAUUAACACAUAAAGUUUACCACUAUAGCUUAUCUGGUGGUCUUUGCAGGAUGUGGAAUGUAUGUACGUACCGUGCGAAAUGUGAAGGCAAAACGCGUCGAUGGGUACAAUAUCAUCUUUCUUCAUGUCAAAGAGCAAAUAUACAAAAACAAUAUAAAUUAUGGUUUAAAGAUAUAUAGUUAUUAUGAGAACAUAUACACUUAAGUUUAUCAUUGACAGUUUCCAUUUUCUCGUUUGUGUGACCAACAAUUAGAAUAAAAUUAUAAUAAGAAAUAUCUCAGACAUUUUGUUCAAAUUUUCCUACGAUUAUUAUUACUUGUCACUUGGACAAUUCCACUUUAUUGUUUAUAUGAUCAGAAAUGAAAAUAAACAUUAUAACGAAAUCAG